AUGAAACAGAUCAAGAAAGGUCUGAGUGCUGCCGGUAAAACUAGACGUCCAGGACAUGGUCCGCGUGAACCAUCCUGCGCAUGGUUGAAGGGACUGCAAAGACCUGUUUCACUGAAGAGAUUUGACUGUGCCUCAACGUAUGAGCCCGUCGGUGAGGAAGUCCAACUUAUAAAUUGCAAUCCACAUUACGCCCAUGUUCGUUUUCCCGGCGGGAAAGCACUGUAUCCGUCCGUCAUCUCGCUCCUUGUGGUGAUCGCACACGUCAACGAUUUCACGCGUACCUCAUCCAACGAAGACAAUGGUGUUCAUGCACCCCCUCUAUCUGACUUGCACACGCCUCCGCUCAAUGACAUUGGAGAUAAUAUCGAUCAUACUCCAGUGUCACCCCCGUGCCCGGGCACUGCACCUGCAUCUCCAGAUACAUAUGACCCUAGCAUCUCUGAUUUAGCCAGGCUCCAGCAGCGUACACGGCCCUACAUUUUAAGAAAUCGACAAGCCUAA